AGAACAUUCACAGAUAGUGAGCGUUGGCUGGAAAUAGUUCAUUCCUUCUCGAUUUCCUUAGUGGAUGUAGUCUUUUGCUUUGACAUAGUGUGUUGCUUUGACAUAUUUUAAGAACCACUACUGAAUGACGUGUUGCAUUGCAUCAGAGCUAACUACAGUGUAAGUGCAGCGAGAUCGCAGGGCCAAUUGUAGCAAUGGAUUACCACAUUUGGUGGAUAGUGUUGUUAGUCUUUGGAAGCCGUCAGAUUACAGCAAAUAAAGACAUACUUGACUUCACAGUGGUUUAUAGAACACCCUAUAAAACAUCGUGGCCUCCGCCAGAUUAUGUGGAAAAAAUAAAAGAAUAUCAUCGUUCAGGAAAUGCAAAGGGAAUGCUUUUGAAAAUUGAUGAUGAUUAUAUAGAUUCUGUAGAAGGGAUGGUGCCCUUAAAUUGUGCCCCUGCAACAUCAGCUUGCCAGUGGGAAUAUUCAAAUUCGUGGAAUUUUGUUGCUGUCAACACUAGUGUAGAUCAAGAUUUUACAAUUAAUAUUGGAGAGGAAGAUCAAGAAGAGAAAACCAAUUGUCCCGAGAGUGGUUGCUCACACAUUUGUUUUGAGAAUGGUCGACCAGAGUGCCGUUGUACAAAUGCAACACGCCACAUUUUAAACGAAAAUUGUAUUAAUGUACGAGGACAAAUAAUAAUCAAGUCUUCCAUAGCAGAAAUACCCUUAUUUUCUAGUUCUCUGGUAGUGCCUCCAAAAAAUGCUAUAACGUUCGGGACUGUUUCGCCCCAAUCAAAUUGGGAAUAUGGAUUAAUUAAUCUUUAUGAAGUAUUUGUGAAUGAAGUUAUGGAAUAUAAUAACAAGAGACAGAUUUUACAGAUUAAUAGUGUUGACGAUGGAACUAAGCAUUUUGAAUCUAGCCGUUUGUUGGAGAUUACUAGCAAUUGCAUAUUAAGUAUAGGUUUUAGAAGAGAACACCUAGCCCUAGCUGAAAUUCGCGGCAGUCUUAGUUACGACAUACUUCCUGUACUAGACGGAAUUUGUGUAUCUGUUAUAUACACGACGCCUGAAAGCAAUGGAGACAUGAAAUUGGUCGUAGGAUUGGCAAAUGGAACAAUAUUUGAAGUUUCAAAAUAUACGGACCGUGAGUUUGGUGACUGGAAAAUGCGAUCUUUCAUAUCAUUUGGAAAAAUGGCAAAUGAUAAAGUCAAUUUACGACUCGAAAUAUCUGGUAAAGGAACGAUACUGCAUAGUAUUUUCGGCUGCAAUCCUUUUGGUCCGAGAGAUAUUACCGUAUUUAAGAAUGCAGUUUCCAGCCCCAAGUUGAAUACGUUGGAAGAUUUAUUGGACAGAUGUCUAAAUGGAGGGAAGUACGAUAGCACUGCAAAUGUGUGUAUUUGUCCUGAAGGUUUCUCUGGCGACAGAUGUGAAGAAGGCUGCGGUCCUCACUAUUUUGGACGCAACUGUUCAGCCGAGUGUUCGAAUUUUGCCACUGGCUGUAGAGGGAUGAUAUUUUGCAAGAAGUACAUGUCGUGUCGUUGCGCUACUGGAUUCCAGGGAAACUUCUGUGAAAAAGACUGUGAAUCCGGAUACUAUGGUGCAAGUUGUACACAAAGAUGUGGAAACUGCGAAGAAUAUUAUUGCGACAGAUUUACUGGAUACUGUCCGCACGACUGUCAGCCAGGCUUUAGGAGACCUUUCUGUCGUACACGUCAUACUCAUUUUCAGGAAGCUGUUUGGACGGAGCUGCAGCCUCAAAAAGUAAGGGAUACUCUGAUUAGAAGAAACAUAUCAAAUCUUUUGCCAGGUGUUAAAUACGAAGUGCGAGUGAUUUAUAUAGACAAGGAUGGAAACAGUUAUCAGCAAUCAGUGCCUUCGACUUCUUUCUCAUCGUUUUGCACAGUGCCUACGUCCAUGAACUACAAUCUUGAAGCCAUAUCGAUGUCAUCAAGAAUUGAUUUAAUUUGGAAGUACGAGACCAACAAAACAGAUUGUCCAGUAACAGGAUACACGAUUGUACUGGAAAGGAACGUGGUUAAAGUGCAAAGAAAUGUGUCUGGACACGAAACAAGUUUCACCUUUUCCACGUUACUGCCAGGAGUUUCAUAUCAAGUGAAAAUUAAAGCAAAUACGGCAUAUGGAAAUGCACAUUUUUCAUCUCCUCUUUCUGUUAAAACGAUUGACGAAGCUCCUCUUCAUGUUUCUAAUUUACAAGUCACGGAACGAGAUUCUAGAAAAUUGCGAGUGUCUUGGAAACCACCCAGGUUUUCUGGAGGCUCUCUGCAGUACUACUUGGUGAAAUAUCAGUGCAUUAGAUUCUUGGCAUGUGAAGAAUCUUGUACAAGAGAUGCAAAGGAAAUACGAGUAGCAGCAAAUCAAAAUUACGCUGACUUGGAAGUCCUUCGACCCCACGCACAAUACUACAUUAGUGUGGCUGCAAAAUCUGGGAUAUUAGGACCAUACACAUCUUUUAAGGCUGUAACACAAGACACUGCUCCAGAUGCGGCUCCAGAAAUGAGUGAAACACCAAUAGUGACUUCGACAAAUGUCACCAUAAGUGUACAAUGGUUGCCUUUGAAGAGUUGUACCUUCCUAAAUGGGUACCUUGUUGGAUAUGGUUAUAUGCUUUAUUCUGAAAACCGAACAGUUGUUGCAACUGGAAAUACAACGAACACUCACAUUGCAUUUGAUAAUCUUACUCCUCAAGCUUCGUAUUUCGUACAUAUAUAUGCAAUUUCUACAGGUGACUGGAGUAGAGAUAAGCAAUUAAUUAUAAAUGCUUCAACAGCAGCGUCAGUGAAUGUCGAAAACAAUUCUUACCAAAUGGUAAGAGCUCGCAAUAUUCUUGUGAGCGAGUACGGAGAAUUUGUCACCGUUAAAACUGUCACGUCCGAAAAUGUUCCCGAGGCACCUACAUCAUUAUUCGUGUCUUCAAGAACAUCCGAUUCGAUUACUCUGAAGUGGGGACCACCAGACAUAUUUAAUGGAAUUCUCAGAUCUUUUCUCAUUAACGUCGAACAACUGGAUUCAGCAAAUUCCUCGAGUUGUUGCGUGUAUUCACCUCUACUAGAAGUUCCCGUAAAGAGUGAGGACAGAUAUUACGAACAUAAGGUGACCGAUUUAAUGCCAGCAUCUAAGUAUAUUAUUAGCGUUUCUGCAAAAACCAUAUCCAUUGGUCCUUCGGCGUUUCUGACCGUCAGUACUUCACCCGAAACUCCAAACUUAACACAGGCUCCAAAAGUUUUAGAUAAUAAUAGAGUAAAGCUGCCAUUGGGAGAAGGUUUUCCUGGUAUUAAAGGAACUUAUCUUCUUCUGGUUUUCCCUCCUAAUGGAAAUUUUACAAGUACGAUUUGGAACUCGGAAAUAAGAGAAAAACUCUAUAGUCUCGUCCCCACGAACAGUUUCUAUGUAGUAGAAGAAUAUAAUGCUGAAGACAUGCAGUCGUCACAGGAAGAAAAGGAAUACGAGGAAGUACAGAUUGUACAGGGAAAGGGUCCUCGAAACGGAACUAUUGGAUUAUUGGAGGAUCCUGACCUCCCUUCUGAUUUUAGGGUUGGUUUGGCUCUUGUACUUGAUUAUAAUGGAGCUGUGAGUGUGGGAUUUACUUUAGCAGAAGAGGCGAAGAAAAAUGACAGUGAAACUGAAGAUACUUAACAAAGCAGAGUAACCAAACAAUUAAAUUCUUUAUAUGUCAGUUCCCUUUGUGAAAAAAGUUAUAAUAAACAAAGAUGCAG